AUGGACGUGUCCAAACUCAAGGUCGUGGAAUUACGGGACGAGCUGUCCAAGCGGGGCUUGGAUACUAAAGGACUCAAGAAAGACCUUGCGGAGCGGUUGACGUCUGCGAUCGAGGCGAAUGGCGAUGACGCAGGCAACGACGAGGGCGAGGGGCAGGGCGACAUGCAGGAGGAGGUGCAUGGAAUUCAGGAUGGUGAAGAGGGUGAUGGGAAGGAUGGGAAGGAGGAUGAGGACGACGACGCGGUCAUGACUGAGGAGACCAAGGCCGACCCAAUGGACGACCCAACGGAACCUGUCGAACCUGUGGACAAUGAUACCUUGGCAUCUGAAGACGCGACGCUGGACGACGCAACUCUGGACGAUGCGACUCCAGACGACUCCUCCAACGCGCAGAAGGAAGGCAUGGUCGUCGACCAGGACGCGCAUGACGCGCAGAACUCGCAGGACUCGAAGAAUGACUCGAUGGCCGUCGACGUAGCUCCUUCCACUUACCCCCUUCCACCUUCCCUCACGCACCUGACCUCAUCCUACGCCCCCAGCAAGAUCCUGUACAUCUCCAACCUGCGCCGUCCCCUCCUCUUGAGCGCCUUACACUCCUAUCUCACGCCCACCACUCUCCCAAACUCCCCGUCUCUGCCCUUCGCACACGCAGACUAUCCCGGCCUGUGGCUGAGCGGUGUAAAAGACCACGCUUAUGCCGGCUACGACUCCCCCGAGACGGCAUUGGAAGUCGCAGCCAGAGUGCAUGGGCAAGUGUGGCCGGAUCGGGGGGCGGAGUUGGAGGUACAGUUUGUCGAUCCGGCCCAGGUUGAGGGACUCAUGGAGAAGGAGGAGGUCGCGUGGGGUAGCAGGCAGCGACUCGUGCUCGCUGUCGAGCGGGAGGGGGACGAGUGGAAGUUUGACGUCGUACCGCCCACCGCGGAGGGGCGGCGCUCGGGACUUGCCAAUGUCCCACCAGCCGUCGUCAACGCCAACGCCACCGCGACCGACCCGGUCGAUCGGCGUGGUAGCCAGGACGCCAAGCCUCUCGCGAACCGUCUUGUGAACCCCCUCACAGAGAAGGACAAGGACAAGGAGAAAGAGAAGGAGAACGAAAAGCUCGGCCGUAUCCGCCGUACCCGCGCCCAACCCUCCCUCGAGUUCCGUGAAGGCCCAGGUGCGCCAGAACGUAAACGGCGAGGCAAUAGAGGUGGCCGCGGACGGCGGCGUGGACGCGACCAGGGCGACAACUACAAUCCCAGUGGACGCGACCGCCAACAGGGUGCAGGAGACAGCUAUCACUUCGGACCGGAGCGGCGCGAAGAGUGGGGCCGCGCGCGCGAGUGGGGCCGCGCAGUUGAUCGCGCCGAUAGGUAUGUCCCUGGCGGCGGGCGCGAUCGGUCACCCCGUAGGGAGACCCAGGAUAGGUACGGAGACCGUGGAGCGAGGCGGGGUGAUCGUUGGCGGCCGUAG